AAUGUUUUAAAGAGUGACCUCAUCAGGUCAGAGGUCGAUCCGUCAGAUAAGCAGCAGGACACGCGCAAGUCCAAGCAUUGUACUUGAUUACUUUAUCCAAAAUGUCCACACGUUUCAACAACCUUCGAAUUUUUCUGGACAAUAUAUCUGAAAACCCCACAUGGGAUGAAUGCUACGCCGUCCGCCACACCGAGAGGCGGUUUGAAUACAGUACUACUGACAUGCAGAAUUCUCCAGGGGUAUCACGGAGUGAGUCACCGAGGGAGCUGGGAGAAAUUUUCAGUCCAGAUGAGAAGGAUCCUGUAGAUACAAAGGAAGAACAAUUGUUGUUUCCUGCACCUUCUCCCCCUGCAACAUCACCCCAAAGAAGUCCACGGGCCAGGGGAGCUGCUGCAUCAAACUACUACAGAGAAAACUGUGGUUUCAGAAGACCUGUUUCCGGGCAAUGCAGGUUUGGCUGCCACUAUUGUAGCCGAAGGGGAUACAUACGAAGGAGGUACCCGGCAUGGAGCAAACCAAAGAUAUACAGGCCAAGCGGAACAUCAUGGAAUCACCUUCCUGUGGUCAUCAAGCCCACCAAGUGGUACCAGGUUGUUGGGAAUGUGCAGUGCAGCCUGUGCAGAGACCGGGGGAAGCGCCAGAAGACGUCUUGGAUGUGCCAGAGUUGCGAGGUUCCGCUGUGUCUGAUGCCAUACAGGAAUUGCUUCACCGAAUGGCAUGAGCACAGAGGAACGGCAUAAUAAUUGUGUUCAUUCUAUGUUAAAUUCUAAGUUCUCUUAACUUUCAUUAUUCCAGUUACCUUGUGAGUUGCUGACUUUGUAUUGCAGAAUAUGGAUAUGGUGUUUACAAGACACCUUUUUGUUUGGAGAAGGCAAAGUUAUAUUAUUAUAUACAUAUUCCCAAUGUGGUUAUAUA